UUUCACAAUGAUCGUGCGCGUCAUAAAUGACGUUUUUUACAGUAAUGGAUGUCAUAAUUUGAUGAUAUUUUUUAAUUCUUAUGAAACAUCUAAUAGUUUUUUAUUAUUUCUAUAAUACUUAGUAGAUAAUAAAUAUGUAUUUUUAUUGUAAUAAUAUUAAAAGUGAUUAGCAUAGAAAGUGAGGAAAUUUUUCUAAAUAUUUGAGGUUAGAUUAGCUUGUUUUGAAUAAUAAUUUUCGUUAUUAAUAUUCAUUAAUUACAUACUAUCUUUAAUAUUGAUAAUCACGAUCCUUGUGUUUAAUUUAUUAAAACAAUAUUAUUAUAUAUUUUUGAUAAAAUUAAAAAAAUUAUUUACCAAUUAUGGAAAUGAAAAAAAAAUAUCGGAAAUUGAAUAUUGCAAGUCAAGCCGAAAUUCUACGGUCACAUCAAAGAGAUGAUGACUUUGUCAAAUAUUUACGAGAAAAGGUUAUCGAUAUUUUACAAAUUUUGGAAAGGAAAACGGGUUUAUUACCCUUUAUUCAUUCUGACAUUCCGUUUAAAUUAGUCUAUUUCUUUUUUACAUCGGGAAUGGGCAAUCAAACAUUGGGUGAAGAAUAUACUGGACUUGUGCAAGCCAAUUUAAGAGCUUACAAAGUUCCAUCUAUAUAUGCAAGAAUAUUGGCAGUAAUUUUAGAAUGUUUUGGUGAAAAAGCAUUGAUAAGAUUAUUAAAACAAUUGGAAUUAUCAAUUAAUCAUCCUCGCAGUAAAUUAACUCCUACAAGUGUAAUAUUUUUAAAUUCUUUUAUAUCAAAAAUGUAUACUAUAAUACCUAUUUUUAUAUUAUUGCAUAAGGGAUUAUUUUAUAUAUUUGGUCGAUAUUAUAGUUUAAGUAAAAGGAUAGCAGGAGUAGAUUAUGCAAAGGUGUAUGGUCAUCGGCCUACUGAUACUAUCAGUUCGGGAUUGAGAUUAUUAGGAAUUGCUACACUUAUACAAUGUAUGUUGAAAAUCUGGCAUAAUUACAAAAGUGAAAAUCAUUUUGAGAAAUAUUCAAUACUUGAUGAGAAACAUAAUAAGUUGGUGUGCCAGUUGUGUCUUGAAAAAGUGCCAACAACUACCACACCCUGUGGUCAUUUGUUUUGUUGGUUUUGUCUUACUGAUUGGUUGCAUACUAAACCACAAUGUCCAUUAUGUAGAGAAUAUGUUGUACCUUCUAGGAUUGUACAUGUAAUGAAUUUGUAAUUUUGUUUUUAAAUAUUUAAGAAGAUAAAUUAAUAAAAAUAAUAUACAAAUGUUUCUUCUUUAAGUAAUUAUUAAGUUAAGGAUAAAUAAUCCACUAGAACUAUUUUAUGCGUUUUAAUAUUAUAAUAUAUAGUUAUAAUUUGUUUUUGAACAUCAAUUACUAUGCAUCUGUGCUAAUAAUAAUCUUAUACAGAUGGCAGUCAUUGUAAUACACAUAUAUAUAUAUAUAUGUAUUGAGAAUAAAUGUAAAGCAAAACCAGAA